AUGGUCUAUUUUUAUUACGGCAAAGAAGAUGGAUGGUGUCCUGAGGAAUUAGGUUAUUCAAUGGAAACCCGUUUGCCUCGUGGUCAUGUGCAGUUGGAUGAGCACGGAUGUGAACAUGCUUUCGUUAUCCGUGACGGUGCUAUUGUGGCCGAAAAACUCUUACAAUUCAUUAACUGA